UGUCCUAAUCUGUCUUCCCUUUACAAAACAUCCACAUUCCAAUCACCCCUGACAAAUAUUCAAUAGAUUCUGAUGUCUUUUUGAAGAGAUCGCUAGAUUUUUGACAACCAUUUACAUGGCUCUCUGAUUCCCUCCCGGAGAAUUUAAAUGUUGAACACUAGACAAGGUAGAGGAAAUGGAGGAAGGACACGAUUCCACGGAGGAAAUAUUCAAAGAGGGGAGACUUUAUCUAGAUAAAAACCGGGAACUUUUGGAGCAGAAGAUACUGAAUUUGGACGCAGAUACAUGCCACAGAGAUCAUGGCUGGAAAGAAUAUGGGACAAAGUUUAGGGGAACCGACUUCGGAGAAGAUCCUAGGGAAAGGAUCCAAUGCUUAACGGAGAAGUCGAAACACGCCCCCAGGACUUUCUUACAAGCCAACGACACAUCUGAUCUGAGGUUGUCGGUGGAGGGAAAAUCGCUCUAUGUGUCUCGCAUCCUGCUCUCUAUUGUAUCACCUGUUCUCAAAGAGAUUUUUGACAAACGUUCCAAAGACCAAGCCAUUAUAGAAAUACCGCUACCGGGAAAGAAAUACUCGGAUAUUUUGGAGUUUCUAGAAUGCAUAUAUCCAGACAAAUUAAAACCAAUAUCAGAUGACAAUGUUAGUCUAAUGCUUCGUAUGGCGGACGAGUUCGAAGUGAAAACGCUUCGUGAACGUUGUGUCUCAUUCUUAACUCUACAACUCCAAAACAAUUGUUCUAGUGAUAAAAUAUUAGAGAUUCUCACAAUGUCCAUUGAUUAUAAUCUAGAAGAACUUCAUAAGCUGUCAAUAGACAUGGCCUCUCGGACCUCUUCGGAUAAUCUAGAGAAUGUCCCAGGAUUUUCAGAGCUGUCCGACGACAUUACAUCUGCCAUAUUUCAUAAACGUUUAAAAUUAUUCGAAGAUGCUGGCAGGAAAAUUAGGAAACGACUGAAAGAGGCAGAGACCCAUUGUAGCUUGUAUCACAAGAAUGAGAGAUGGGGUGACAAUUUGUGUAACAAGUGUUUAGCUGGAGUGGGAAAAGUGUCAUCCUAUGAGAUAGAAAAAUUGUUCUAAUUGUGUUAUUUCGGUAAAUAUGCAUAAAUGUUUGUACUAUUAUUAACUUCCACAAAAAGACAGCGAUGACAAAUGAAUUUGGAUUGUUGUAGUUUAUUUUAUAAAUACUAAAGUGAGUACAUGUACAAGGAAAAAUU